GGGGAGGGGGGUUGAGCUGAUCCUCAUUAGGAGUCCAUUUUGUGGACAGUGUUCAGUAUCUGAGGUGUUUAUUCCUCCUCUGAGGUUCGGACACAGCAGCAGUGAAUGAAGGGAAAUGUUCAGCUCCACCGCAGGAACUUUUUCAGGAACUCAAAAGAGGAACCAGGGCUGAUUUUAGUUCCUGUUGGGGAGUUCCAGGGACUGGUCUGGAGUCAGAGCUUUCCUGUUGAGAUGUAAACAGUGUAGGAGUACACAAACACAGUGUGUGUGUGUGUAAAUAUCUAACAUAUUAAGAGACUUUUCUCCUAAAGGUCAGGAGUAAAAGAUGGAGAAGUGGACCGAUGAAGACGUGCAGGCUCUGCUGAACAUCUACGCAGAGGAAAACAUUCAGAAAGAGUUUGAAUCGUCCGCACGGAACGCUAAAGUGUACCAGAAGAUCUCUGUUCGCCUGGAGGAGAUGGGGAUCCUGCACAGUCCACAGCGCUGCAGGGAGAAGAUCAAGAAGAUGAAGCAGGACUACAAGAAGAUCAAAGAUCAUAACCGCAUCAACGGAGGGUCCAACCGCCGCACUGGGAAGUGGUUCGAGCGACUGGACGCCAUCCUGGGGCAGCGGGGACUGGACUCGGGCUGCGGGGACAGCGGCGACUGUGUGUCCGUGCUGCUGGAGCCGCUCACUGACCAACACAGGAGAUUACAGGAGGAGGAGGAGGAGGAGAAGGUGUCCUUCACCGAGGAUGAUCAGUACUCAGAACUCAGCUUUGGUUCCCCCGCAGCCCACACCAGGCCCACCUGCCGCCCGCCUGCUCAGCCACACCUCCCAGGUCCCUGUGCAGGGAAGAGGAAGCGUGAUGGAGAGGUGCUGGAGGUGAUGAGGCAGCUGGAGGAGGAGCAGAUGGAGGCUCUGAGGCGAGAUUACGAGCAGAGAGAGCGUCACUUCCAGCUGCUGCUGCAGCACAUCAGGGAGGAGUUCUCCGUGAGGCGGGAGGAAGCGGCUCGGGCCCGACGCCAGCAGAGGGACUUCCAGCAGGGGGUUCUGACGCUCCUCACUCAGCUGGUCCACGUCCUUGGAGGCAGAAACCUCCCCUCGUCCUCAUCCCCACCCCUGGACUAGCGCCUCUCUUCCUCUCCACUCGUCUUCUGCCUGAUGUCUGAUUUGCACCCUGACCUUUAAUCGCACUUUAUAACAGAGCUCUCGGUCUUUAUCCCUGUGAUUCUGGAGAAUGAUCUUCUUCUCACUUUAUUCUCUUAUUGUAAUAUAUUAAAAUUAAACCCAGUUCAGCUUUUACUCAGACUCACCACUCCUUCAUUGCUGCCCGGGAUCAAUAACACACACACACACACACAGCAUGUGAUAAAAUGAGAAGAUUUUGGAUUUAAACAGGAAUCCAGUUACAGUUCAGAGGAGGAGAGAGAGAGAAACAUUUCUCGAGAUUUCUUACUCUGUCAUUAUACUGAUUCAUUCAUUAAUUACCCAAACAGCUUGUGAAGCUGCUGCUGUUUAAACUGAAGGAUUGUAAUGAUUAAUAAGAUUAUAUACAGAUACUGAACUGUCAUAGUUUUGCUUCUUCAUCAUACACUAUAUUGCCAAAAGUAUUGGGACAUCUGCCUUUCCAUGCACAUGAAUGUAAUAUGGAGUUGUCCCGCCCUUUACAGCUAUAACAGCUUCAACUCUUCUGGGAAGGCUUUCCACAAGGUUUAGGAGUGUGUUUAUGGGAAUUUUUGACCAUUCCUCUAGAAGCACAUUUGUGAGGUCAGACACUGAUGUUGGACGAGAAGGUCUGG